UUGGUCGUUGGUUUUUCCAGUGAGUCAUAUUUAUACGCACACAUACAGUCCUGUGCGACAUUGUUUAUCACACUGUGGACUCUACCUGACCGUGAAAGCAGCAUGCCUCGUUCGUACGUGGACAACGCGUAUAACCGCAGAGUUGGGCGCGUUGGGAUGCCUGUUGGCAGUAUGGUUAUUUCAAGGAGCAGCGGCGGAGGCGGCGGCGGCGGAGGUGGUGGCGGAUUCAGCAGCGGAGGUGGUAGCGGAUUUAGCAGCGGAGGUGGUAGCGGAUAUAGUUAUGGCGGUGGUGAUUAUAGCGGCUAUUCAGGGUCGUCCACCAAAACGUAUGUUGAUAACCCGUACAACCGAAGUGUCGGACGAGUGGGUUUGCCUGUUGGCAGUAUGCCAAUUUCUAAAAGCGGAAGCGGAGGUGGAAGUUACGGCUCGGCGGACUCCUACGUAGACAAUGCAUACAAUCGCGCAGCAGGUCGUGUAGGUAUGCCGAUGGGGAGCAUGCCAAUACACAAAGGAGAAUCGGCGUCCGGAAGUCGCCGAUCCUAUGAGAGUUCGAUCCCGGAGCUAGGUGUACGCUCGAACACCUACGUCGACAACGCGUAUAAUCGUUCUGCAGGCCGUGUAGGUAUGCCGAUGGGGAGCAUGCCAAUACACAAAGGAGAAUCGGCGUCCGGAAACCAUCGAUCCUAUGAGAGUUCGAGUCUGGAGCUAAUUGUACGCUCGAAAACCUACGUCGAUAACGCGUAUAAUCGGUCCCAUGACCGUGUCGGAAUGGAACGCGGUACAGCUGUGGUUAGCAAAUCCGACAGGCGAAGCCCGGAGACUGCCAGGUACUCCCGACCAACAUCAUCUACAUCGGGCUUGUACACGGACAACGCCCAAAACCAGAAAUUAGGUCUGGUUGGUCUGCCUAAGGGGAGUGCACCCGUCUCUAGAAAAGACCCUGGUAGUACUAAGGUGUACGUGGAUAACUACAUGAACCGGAAGCUGGAUUGUGUUGGUAAGAUUGUUGGAACGGCCGUGUACCACAAGAAAACGGGAAAAGUUAGCAAGGAGUUUUACGCGAACAGCCCGCAGAAUCAGAAGUUGGACAGGGCGGGGAAACCAAGAGGGUGCCGCCCGGUGUCCCGGAAAUGCGGAAUCACCAAGGGCAUACCGAAGAUGCUGGAGAAACUCCAGAAUGGAGAAGAGUUGGUGGAUUUUGGGGACUAUCGUGGUAUUGACGACGACUUCUACACCGGUAUAUCCGAAAACGGAUACCUGGAGCUGUUUGAUCAGGCCGUAUACCGCCUGAACAGACAGAAUGAAGAGAUGGAAUGGAAAAAGGCCCACGGGGCCAAGCCAAAAACAAGGGCGUCCCUUUUGACGAAUUUCCAAGAGAGUAUACCGUUCUCGGAGCUUAGUCUAAGUCCUGAAAAGAAGAUUGGCGAAGGCACGUUCGGGGAGGUGUUUCUGACGGAAUGGAAUGGAAGCGCCGUUGCCGUGAAGAAACUGAAAGUCACACAGUUCAGCAAGCGACUUGAGGAUGAUUUUAAGCGCGAAAUUCUGACCUUCAGCGCUCUUGAUCAUCCAAGCAUCGUUAAGUUCCUUGGCGCAUGCGUAGAACGUCCGAAUUUUUGCAUCGUCAUGGAGUACAUGCAGAUGAGUCUCUAUGACGCCCUGCAUACCGUGCCCGAUAUCACGUUCACUGAGACGGAACGUCUAGACAUUAUAACUGACGUCUGCAAAGGCAUUCAAUACUUACAUUGUGAAAGAAUCGCACACUGCGACUUGAAAACCCUAAACAUUCUGAUCAAUUACACGGAAGGGAAAACGUGCAUCGCAAAAAUCACAGAUUUUGGCCUCAGUCUCGUAAAGAACAGCACGCAGUCAGGAACAUCUUCAAGGGGCGGCGCGAUCGUCUGUUAUGCAGGCACGCCCCGUUAUUCUGCACCGGAGGUUCUGCGAGGAGAAAUGUUGAAGGCUUCCGACAUGAUGAAGGCCGAUAUCUGGUCGCUAGGUCUUGUCAUUUUUGAGACUAUUUUUGAUGAAGAGCCAUUCUACAAUCUGAGCUUGAUACAGCUAAAAAAGCAGGUUGGUGAAAAAGGACUGAAACCGGAAAUAAAUGAUGACAUCAUCGUUAAUCCUGACGUCAUGACGGCAUUGUUUCAGACAUGGAGAAACGCACCGAGAGACCGCAUUGACAUCGGAGAACUUACUGAAGUAGUUGAGUUAGCACAGUAUUUGUAUGUUCAGUAGAUACAUGUAUGCUCAAAAGGGAUCAUGAUCAUAUGAGCAUGACGAAACGAAGAAAGGGACCUCUAUCACAUGAAGAUAUUUACAUGUAUACAUACACAUGUGUAAUCACGACAACAUUUAACAGCACAUAUACAUACUGAGCCUCGGAGGUCACAAAAGGGACAUUAUAUCACAUGAUUUAGUGCACUGGAUUUAAUACAUUUCAACAUACACAUACUGAAAUCAAACGACAAAUUGAGCAACGAGUGACGAUCACUUAAACGUUUCCAGUGAAACAUGAAAAUACAUAAUGAUUUUAAUAGACAAUUAGUAUACAUGUAUACGGGCGUGUUGAACGAAAUGAUGUAUAUUAUUUAGGCUGCAUGUAUUCGAUGGCCCGAAACUCUUUUAAUGGCAAAUAUGUGAAGCAGAAUCCAUUCAAUCAUAUUGACGGUUUUCUUGUACAUGCUCUUACAUUUCGUUUAAGGAAGUAUUUCUUUUAGUUCCGUUUUAUUCACGGUAACUUUAUUCUGCCUGCAUUAAGGCUACUUACUUUCUUAAAGCCGCACUCCCACAGAUUGACAGUUUUGACAUUUUGUUAAGUCUUUGUCUCAGACAAGAUAACUCACGAUGAAACAGAUCUCAAUUGUUUGGGAAAAUGAAUAAAAACUUCAUAUUUCUUAAGCGUAAAUAACGCUUUUAGCCGCAAAAUAUUAAUUUUUGUAAAUAAGAAAAAAUGCGAUCUGAUCUUUUGUCAGCAGUCAUAUAUCACUGGUUUCUAGACAAAAACAUUGGCUCAUUACAAGACAAAAAAUAAAAGUUGUCAAAACGGUCAAUAUAAGAGUGCACGUGUAAGAUAGUUAAUGAUAUUGUGUUCAAAGCGUUGUCAUUGUACAUGUAUGUGUCAUUAUUAUGGCUUUUCUUGCUUUUAUUUUUAUUGUUUGAUUGUUUUUGUUGUCUUAAGAAAGUUUUGUUAAAUGCUUUGUAAUUUAAUGUACCCCCUUGAGGUCCUAAAAUUGUUUGUUUAUAGUAACAACCCCAUAAUAACUAGGUAGGGAAGAAAUGGAUGUUAUUUCAAUACAUUAUGUCAAGAUCUUUUUCUUGCAAAUAGCGCUAUUUCUUGCUCUGUCAAAACAUAAUGACAGUUUAUGCUGGGAAGACCGUUUUUGUGUUUUUGUUUUUAAAUUACUAGGGUCGGCGGCCCGAAACUCUUUUGAUGGCCCGAAACUCUUUUAAUGGCAAAUAAGUGAAGCAGAAUCCAUUCAAUCAUAUUGACGGUUUCUUGCGCAUGCUCUUACAUUUCGUUUAAGGAAGUAUAUCUUUUCUUUCCUUUUUAUUCAUGGGUAUUUUUCUACCUGAAUGAAUGUUGGAUGCUUUGUUAAAGCUGCACUCCCACAGAUUGACAUUUUGUAAAGUUUUUGUCCCAGAAUCACCUGCUUUUGGUUUCAAUGCCUUCAUUUCAGUCAUAUGAGAUAAUUCACAAUAUAACAGAUCUCAAUUGUUAGGGGAACUGCAUAAAUACUUCACAUUUCAUAAGCGUUAAUUACGCAUUUAGCCGCAAAAUAUCAAUUUUCGAAUGUAAAUAUGAAAAAAAAAUGCGAUCUGAUCUUUUGUCAGCAGUCUUAUAUCAUUGGUUUCCAGACAGAAACGCAAAAAUGGCUCAUUCCAAGACAAAAAAUUGUCAAAACGGUCAAUAUGAGAGUACAGCUUUAAGAUGGUUAAUGAUAUUUUGUUGAAAGCGUUGUCAUUGUACAUGUAUGUGUCAUUAUUAUGUCUUUUAUUGCUUUUAUUCUUAUUGUUAAUGAUUGUGUUGUUGUCUUAAGAUGCUUUGUUAGAGAGUUUUGUUAAAUGCUUUGUAAUUGAAUGUACCCCCUUUAUGCUUAUAAGGCCUAAAAUUGUUUGUUUAUAGUAACAACCCCAUAAUAACUAGGUAGGGAAGAAAUGGAUGUUAUUUCAAUACUUUAUGUCAAGAUCUUUUUCUUGCAAAUAGCGCUAUUUCUUACACCGUCAAAACAUAAUGACAGUUAAUGCUGGGAAGACCGUUUUUGUGUUUUUGUUUUUAAAUUACUAGGGCCGGCGGCUUUUUAAGGGCGCUCCCGACAGGCGACACAUCCGAUUCGCGGAAUUCUUGUUUUUUUAGGGAAAUGUAUAUUUCUGGCAAUAGCAAUCUGAAUUUUGUGCCCUAUAUUUUAUGUUUUAAUCUUAGCUAUGUAAUCAAACAUGUAUGUUUAUUUGUAUCUAUUGUAUUAAAAACUAUUUUAUAUU